AUGUCUCGGGGUGUGAUCCAGCCCAGCCAACAAAAACUGGCCGAGAAACUCACCAUCCUCAACGACAGAGGCAUCGGGAUGUUGACCCGUGUCUAUAAUAUCAAGAAGGCAUGUGGGGACCCCAAGGCCAAACCUUCUUACCUUGUGGAUAAAAACCUGGAGUCUGCAGUUAAAUUCAUCGUAAGAAAGUUUCCAGCUGUGGAAACAAGGAACAACAAUCAACAGUUGGCUCAGCUCCAGAAAGAGAAAUCUGAGAUUCUGAAGAACCUGGCUCUCUACUAUUUCACCUUUGUGGAUGUUAUGGAGUUCAAAGACCAUGUCUGCGAGCUUCUCAACACCAUUGAUGCCUGCCAAGUCUUCUUUGAUAUUACUGUGAAUUUUGACCUCACAAAAAACUACCUGGAUCUAGUUGUGACCUACACUACACUGAUGAUCAUUCUCUCUCGGAUUGAGGAGAGGAAAGCCAUCAUUGGACUUUAUAACUAUGCCCACGAGAUGACCCACGGAGCCAGUGACCGAGAAUACCCACGCUUGGGCCAGCUGAUUGUGGACUAUGAAAACCCUUUGAAAAAAAUGAUGGAAGAAUUCGUUCCUCAUGGGAAGUCUCUGUCAGAUGCCCUGAUCAGCCUGCAGAUGGUAUAUCCACGACGGAACCUUUCAGCCGAUCAGUGGAGGAACGCUCAGCUGCUGUCGCUCAUCUCUGCCCCGUCUACCAUGCUGAACCCUGCCCAGUCAGACACGAUGCCUUGUGAAUAUCUGUCAUUGGAUGCAAUGGAGAAGUGGAUUGUUUUUGGGUUUAUCCUGUGCCACACCGUGCUAAACAGCGAUGCGGCUGCACUCUCUCUCUGGAAGCUAGCUCUGCAGAGCUCCACAUGUCUGUGUCUGUUUAGAGAUGAGGUCUUCCACAUCCACAAGGCUGCAGAGGACCUGUUUGUCAACAUCCGAGGCUACAACAAACGAAUCAAUGACAUCAGAGAGUGUAAAGAACAGGCUCUGUCCCAUGCUGGCACCAUGCAUAGAGAGAGGCGCAAGUUCCUCAGGUCUGCCUUGAAGGAGCUGGCAACUGUCCUUGCUGAUCAACCGGGACUCCUUGGGCCUAAGGCCCUUUUUGUAUUCAUGGCCUUGUCUUUUGCUCGUGAUGAGAUCAUAUGGCUACUUCGACAUGCAGACAAUAUCCAGAAGAAAAGCACCGAUGACUUCAUAGAUAAGCACAUUGCGGAGUUGAUUUUCUACAUGGAGGAACUUCGAGCACAUGUUCGAAAAUAUGGUCCUGUUAUGCAGCGGUACUAUGUGCAGUACCUGUCCGGUUUUGAUGCUGUGGUGCUCAAUGAACUGGUGCAGAACCUGUCUGUGUGUCCUGAGGAUGAGUCUAUAAUCAUGUCAUCAUUUGUGAACACAAUGACUUCUCUCAGUGUCAAACAAGUGGAGGAUGGAGAAGUGUUUGACUUCAGAGGCAUGAGACUAGACUGGUUUAGACUACAGGCAUACACAAGUGUCUCUAAAGCUAGCCUUGGUAUUGCUGACCACAAAGAGCUGGGAAAAAUGAUGAACACCAUUAUAUUCCACACCAAAAUGGUGGAUUCGCUUGUGGAGAUGCUGGUGGAGACUUCAGACCUAUCUAUAUUCUGUUUCUACAGUCGUGCUUUUGAGAAGAUGUUCCAGCAGUGUUUAGAGCUGCCUUCUCAAAGCCGCCACUCCAUCUGCUUCCCUCUACUCUGCACACACUUUAUGUCUUGUACCCAUGAGCUUUGUCCUGAGGAGCGCCACCACAUUGGCGACAGAAGUCUCUCUUUGUGUAACAUGUUUCUGGAUGAGAUGGCGAAACAAGCUCGUAAUUUGAUCACUGAUAUCUGCACUGAACAGUGUACGCUCAGCGACCAGCUUCUCCCGAAGCACUGUGCAAAAACAAUCAGCCAAGCAGUCAAUAAAAAGAGUAAGAAGGCCACGGGGAAAAAAGGCGAGCCCGAAAGAGAGAAGCCUGGAGUGGAGAGUAUGAGGAAGAACCGUCUGCUGGUCACAAAUUUGGACAAACUCCACACUGCGCUGUCUGAGCUCUGUUUCUCCAUCAACUAUGUGCCAAACCUGGUGGUGUGGGAGCAUACCUUCACCCCCAGAGAAUACCUGACCUCCCACUUGGAGAUUCGCUUCACUAAGUCUAUAGUGGGAAUGACUAUGUACAACCAAGCCACCCAGGAAAUAGCCAAGCCAAGUGAGCUGCUGACCAGUGUGCGUGCAUAUAUGACCGUGCUCCAGUCCAUUGAAAACUACGUGACCAUCGACAUCACCAGAGUCUUCAACAACGUACUGUUGCAGCAGACUCAGCACUUGGACAGCCAUGGAGAGCCCACCAUUACCAGCUUAUACACAAACUGGUACUUGGAGACUUUGCUGCGCCAGGUCAGCAAUGGGCACAUUGCCUACUUUCCUGCUAUGAAGGCCUUUGUGAACCUGCCCACUGAAAAUGAACUCACUUUCAACGCUGAGGAGUACUCAGAUAUCUCUGAGAUGCGUUCGCUCUCCGAGCUCCUUGGACCAUACGGUAUGAAGUUCCUCAGUGAAAGUCUCAUGUGGCACAUCUCCUCGCAGGUUGCUGAGCUGAAGAAAUUGGUGGUAGAGAACAUGGAAGUAUUGACCCAGAUGAGGACCAGCUUUGAUAAACCUGAACAUAUGGCUGCUCUCUUCAAGAAACUUACCUCUGUGGAUAGCGUCUUGAAAAGAAUGACCAUUAUCGGGGUAAUUUUGUCGUUCCGGUCUUUGGCCCAGGAAGCUCUCAGAGAUGUCUUAUCCUGUCACAUUCCUUUCCUGGUCAGUUCAGUGGAGGACUUUAAAGACCACAUUCCAAGAGAAACUGACAUGAAGGUGGCCAUGAAUGUGUACGAGCUGUCUUCUGCAGCUGGUUUGCCCUGUGAAAUUGACCCUGCCUUGGUGGUGGCUCUGUCAUCACAGAAGAGCGAGAACAUCAGUCCAGAGGAGGAGUAUAAGAUUGCCUGUUUGCUCAUGGUGUUUGUGGCUGUGUCCCUCCCCACUUUGGCAAGCAACGUGAUGUCUCAGUACAGCCCUGCUAUUGAGGGACACUGCAACAACAUCCAUUGUUUGGCAAAAGCUAUUAACCAGAUUGCUGCUGCACUGUUCACCAUCCACAAGGGAAGCAUUGAGGACCGCCUCAAGGAGUUCCUCGCGCUGGCAUCCUCAAGUCUAUUGAAGAUUGGCCAAGAGACCGACAAAAUGACGACUCGGAACAGAGAGUCUGUGUACCUGCUACUGGACAUGAUCGUGCAGGAGUCUCCUUUCCUCACCAUGGACCUGCUGGAGUCCUGCUUCCCCUACGUUCUUCUGCGGAAUGCCUACCACGCCGUCUACAAGCAGAGCAUCAGCGCCAACGCAUAG